AUGCUGUCCGCACGCUCAGACAUCGAAGUCACCGUCGGAGACAUGACCGCCGCCAUCUCCACCUUCCAGACCCUCAUCCAGGAAGCUCUCACUCCUACUGCUGAUAACACUACCACUCCCACAGCCCCUGACACCACGGCCGUCACCAAACGCACAACCUCCUCAACCACUGAACUUGAUGAAAUCAACGCCAUCUUCGCCGACAUCCAACGCCUCGCCGACGGUUCCGCCCCUCUCCCUUCCCCAGGUUCAUCCGAGGUGGCAACCCGGUCCCUGGCCCGCAGGUUCUCCGUCAGCGACACCGUCCGCGCACUAGUCGACUGCCUAGGCCGCUUGCUCAGCGGAACGGAACUCCGCAAGCGCGCCGUCUCCGCAGGAAGCGAAGUCGACGACCUCGCGACCUCCUUGGCGACCAUCCACGGCUGGGCCGACGGGACUAUUCCGCUGCCCAGUGAAGACGUGUCCGCGUCAGGGUCCUUCACGGUCGACGACGGGCUCGAGUUCGCGACCCUGCUCAAGGAUGUCAUUGUCGCGUGGCGCGCACAGUUCGAGGCCACCCUCCCGGCAGCUGAAGAGACGAAUACCACGGGUGCGGCCCUCGUGGAACGGGCCCCUCAUAGCCAGGGCUUCGGGCUCGACAACCAGUUCUAUGAUAGCGCAUUGGAUAAGAGGGGUAACUUGACUCUUAAGAUCGCGCUGAAGCUGUUGGCUGCGGCGCUUGACGCGUAUGCAGACACGCUUUGA